AUGUUAAGAACGAAUCUAUGCUUUUUCAUUGACAACUCUUCUACACCUCGUAGACUACUAUUGGGUUUAAAGAAGAAGGGGUUUGGUAAAGGUCGAUGGAAUGGUAUAGGAGGUAAAAAGACAGAUGAUGAAACUAUCGAUGAAAGUGCAAUCAGAGAAUGUGUAGAAGAGGUUGGUCUAAAACCAACUAAUUUGGUUAAAAGAGGAGAACUACAAUACUAUUACAAGAAUCAAAAACAUAUGAAUACACAUUGUACCAUUUACACGAUCGACAUGUGGACCGGAGAUUUAAUAGAAUCCGAUGAAAUGAGUCCAAAGUGGUGGAAUCUAGAUAGUGAUAGCAAUAGUGAUAACACCGAUCCACUUCCAUAUGACCUCAUGUGGGAUGAUAUGAAGGUUUGGUUUCCAUCAUUUAUCAAUAGUGACUUUAAAACAGCAACAACAACACCAACAAAGUUUACAUCAACAAACUUUUACUUUGAUGAAAAUGAUAAUCUAAUUAGUCAUAACUAG